UCAAUUUUAAGACGACGCUGUCUGUGACCAUCAUUCUACUCGGUCGGCCACGACACGCCACACUUACUAUAUCUUUGGCGACCUUGAGCAAGUUCGCGAUUUCGAAAAUCUAUGAAUAUCGUGUUUUUGUGGUGAAUUGUUGGUUUUUUUAUCGUYUUGAAUUCCAGAUCGGAUAUUCCACAUCAACUAAGAACAGUUCGGCAGUCGUUUACGAAAUGUAAGCUUACUAUCAAUGUGAAGUUACAAGAUUACAAGUUCGAAUCAUGAAAUUAUUUCUACGCAUUUUCAUAUGCAUAAGUUUUUUUGUCUUCAAUACGUUUACCUUUUGUACAAGUACUGUUAAAACUGAAACUAGUUUCCUGACAACCGUCAAAUUAGCUUCAAGUGUCAAUACUGAGGUUCCAUCUGUGGUGUGGAAACAAAACCAAGUUUUGAAUCUAACACGCGAUUGCAGCUUCGAAUCGGAUCGUAGUAGUGAUUUAACAUGUCGCGAUUCAACAGAAUCAAAAAAUGUUUCGAAACGUUUGGCGACUGUUUUGAAAAAAAACUUGAUCACGACGACAACCUCAACCAUCGAAAACAUUAAAAAGACAAAUCAUUCCACCACAAAUCUAACAACUACUAAACCGAAACCCCCAAAAUCCGUUGGUGCUACUUCUAAGUCACCGCYCAGUGGCAUGAAACCUGGUAAACACAUACAAAAAAAUAAUUCGAAGCACCGUGACGGCACGAUUGGGCCUAAGCCGGACAAAAGGCUAAGCGACGCCGUGCACAAAACACCCAAUGUCAACACUUCGAAUCACACAGAGGAGAUYGUAGUUAUGUCGGACUUCAAGACCAAAUAUCCAGUCAACACGUGGAAAGAACACGGGUUCUACACGGAUGAUUACAUGAAGUUAAUCAACAGUCAUUGGUUCAAAUUCAUGCCACCUAACGCCACGUCACACUACAUUCUCGGAUUACUGUACACGGUCAUCAUGGUACUCGGUUGUUUCGGGAACUCGCUUGUGAUUUUCAUGUACAUCAAAUGUAAGUCAUUGCAAACGCCCGCCAACGUAUUGAUAAUGAAUUUGGCCGUCAGCGAUUUCAUUAUGCUAGCGAAAACGCCGGUUUUCAUCUACAACAGUUAUUACCAAGGUCCUACGCUAGGAAAAUUGGGCUGUCAAAUCUAUGGAUUUUUUGGAGGCUUGACGGGAACUGUCUCCAUCAUGACGUUAGCCGCCAUAUCGUUGGACCGGUAUUAUGUGAUAGUACACCCUCUGAAUGCGGCCGUGAAAACUACCAAACAGCGAGCCAGAGUGUGGAUAGGCCUAAUAUGGAUGUACGGAUUUUUGUUCUCUAUCAUACCGGUAAUGGACCUGGGGUACAAUCGAUACGUACCGGAGGGAUACCUAACUAGUUGUAGCUUUGAUUACCUGACGGAUGACAAACAAGAGAAAGGGUUCAUCUUGGUAUUCUUUACCGCUGCAUGGUGUAUACCGUUCACCACGAUAUCGUAUUGUUACAUUAAGAUACUGAGGGCAGUUUGGGUUACAAGCGAAAUGACCGCAAGCCGGUUCGGGCAGGAAGAAGAGAAAAGAAAGACGGAAAUAAGGCUGGGGUAUGUGGUGGUUGGGGUUAUCAUGCUAUGGUUCGUGUCGUGGACGCCAUACGCCAUGGUGGCUCUGCUGGGUGUAUUCGAUCGGAAAGAGUACAUCACCCCACUGAGCUCGAUGAUCCCUGCGUUGUUCUGCAAGGCUGCCAGCUGCAUGGAUCCUUGGAUAUAUGCCAUCACGCAUCCGAGGUUCAAAAACGAAUUGACGAAGCUAAUGUCUAAAAAAAAGACAAGGAAAUUGGAGCGAGAUUAUGGGAUGAAAAAGAACUGGGGAGGCCAGUCAUUUUCAAACAAGAGUGGCGUUGGUCUCAAGAACUUCUCUAGCUCAGAAGAUGAGUGCGUGGAAGAAGUUAUCGUCGUGGUUGACUCAGACGAUAAGAAGAUGAAACGGCAAGGAUCAACUUCCAGUCACAAAACCGAAGAGACCAAAGCGCUGGAGACAAAGUUCCCACCCACCAGGCAGGAGAGUCUGAAGUACAUGCCACCAAGUUGGUACAAACUUCCCCGGACAACGUCUAAGAGCAGCAUUAUGUUAGACGUGAAACAUACAGGAGAUGAUAACAAUAAGUGAUAAUGUUCUUGUCAAGGUUGCCAACGAGCACACGAUGAGUUUGAAGAUUUUAAAUGAUAAACGCUGUGAUUAAAAUGCUAGUCUAUAUAUUAUUAAUAUGUUAUGUAUAAACAUAAUGGUGAAUAAUCUGAUCUCACACUUUGUUUUAAGGAAAAAUUACAAACAUGUAUUUUAGUAAAAUGUGGUCGUUAUGCUCGUAAAUGUUUUAAGUGCUAAUUUGUACGCGUUUUUCAUGUAUAAUAAUACAAUGUAAAUCCCAUGCGUGUGGCCACUAACGCGUAUUAACGAGCACUACACCACCACAUGAUGGUAUAUAAUUCGAWAUGUCAAUAGUAAACUAUGAUAUUUAUCUUACAUUGAUAUGUUUAUUGAAUAGAAAGAUUAGGUGCACUCAAUAUAAAAUUAUUUAAGUUCAAAUAUUAUUUGUUUGAGUGCAUWUUAUACAUAAAAAAUAAA